CUGCUGGGUCAAGCUGCUAGAAACAUGGUGAUGCAAGAAGAUGCCAUCCUGCACUCGGAAGACCCUGGCCAGCCCUCCAGCUGCGUCCUCUCCGAUGGAAAAUUCGGGGGACCGUGGGCUGAAACAAAGCACUUGGUGUCUGUGCCUGUCGUUGAGAAAGAAGAAGGAGGUGUGCCACUGCUGGCAGAUACCAGCAGGAAGCAAUUCAGAAGAAGUGAGUACCAGGAGGCCCUGAGGAACACGUGUCAGGUGGCAACACCCUGCAGAGAGCUGAUUCACCAGGAUGUGCAGAAUUACUAUGGAAAAGAGCUGCAGAAGUCAGAGGAUCUCAAAACCAAUGCGUGCAUCACCUCGGCCAGGCCCCUUCCCAGGGUGGUGAGAGAUGCUUUGGAAUGUGUCCAUGAGGAGGUGGUGGCCAGGUACUACGGCUGUGGUCUGGUGAUCCCUGAGUGCCUGACUUCGUGCCGGAUCCUGGACCUGGGCAGUGGCAGCGGCAGAGACUGCUACGUGCUGAGCCAGCUGGUUGGGGAGCAGGGCCAUGUCACUGGGAUAGAUAUGACUGAGGGCCAGGUUGAGGUGGCAAAGAAGCACAUUGCCUACCACAUGGAUAAGUUUGGCUACCGAAAGCCGAAUGUGCAGUUCCUCCAUGGCUACAUAGAGAAGCUGAGCGAUGCUGGGCUGGCUGAUGAGAGCUACGAUAUUGUCAUCUCCAACUGUGUGAUCAACCUCACCCCUGACAAGAGGACUGUGCUGCGGGAGGCCUUCCGUGUGCUGAAGCCUGGGGGAGAGAUGUACUUCAGUGAUGUCUAUGUCAGCCAGCGCCUGAGCGAGACUGUCCGGAAGCACAGGGUGCUGUGGGGGGAGUGCCUGGCAGGAGCCCUGUACUGGAGAGACCUGUAUAGCAUUGCUGAGGAGGUGGGGUUCAGCACCCCAUGUCUGGUCACCGCAAGCCCGAUCACCAUUGGCAACAAGGAGCUGGAGGGCAUCGUUGGUGACUGCCGCUUUGUUUCUGCGACUUUCCGCCUGUUUAAGGUGCCGAGGAGGAGCCGAGCCGGGCCAGGACAGGUCAUCUACAAUGGUGGGAUCGUGGGACAUGAGCGAGAGCUGGUGUUUGAUGCCAACUUCACCUUCAAGGAAGGAGACGUGGUGGACGUGGAUGCUGAGAUGGCUGCAAUCUUGCGGAGCUCCAGGUUUGCGGAGGAGUUCCUGAUCCGAGCCGGAGGGGCCAGCACUGCAGAGCCACAGGGCUGCUGCUACAAGGGGGUGAAGGAGAAGAUCUGUGAUCCCUUCCAACUGCUGGAGCAGCUGGCAGCCCCAGGCCCUGCCUGCCAUCCUGGUGGCACUUGUGGUCCCCCAGGGUGCUGCUGA